AUGAAGUUCGGACACACGUUCCAAGAGGCAUUGGCCAAAGAGCGCUACCCUCAGCACUGGGUUGAAAAGGCCAUCCCCUACCGCCAGCUCAAGAAGAUCUUGGGAAAAGUUCGUGAGGAGCUUCAUAAAAAUGGCUACGAUCCCGAUACUCUCCGCCAGCUGCUCGCUGACCACAAAGCCGAGUAUCAUCUUGAGCCGGACGACGCUCAUCUGCUUCACCCUAAGCUGAUCGUGCGCUCCGGAGUUCGUACUCUUCCUGCCCCAGAAAACGCUAAGGAAGAGGUGAAGGAGGGCGAGUCUGUGUCCGAGGCGAUCCCACCGGCAGUGGAUAGCCUCAAUUCCUCUUCUUCCGAGCAUCCCCAGGCAUCCCGCUCCCUGCAGCAGGUCGACGAGGAUGGAUGGAUCAAGAUUCCCAUGGACGCGGAUGAGAGGUUCUUCAACCUUUUGUCAUCAGAUGUCAACGAACUGGAUGUGCUGCAGACUCAAGAGCAGCAGUCAAUGACCUUGAAGAUCCACGACCUAGGGGCAGAGAUAUCCCAGGUUGCAAAGCCUCGUAAGGGCCUAGUAAAUUUGUCCAAAUCGGACCUCUACCGUUGGCGUGAAAUCUUCGAGAUCUAUCUUGCUGCCGAAGUCUUCUUUUCGACUAGCGAGCAGCAUGGGGGGCUUCGCAACAGCGAGAAGGCCCGACAGCAGCUUAUUUGGUUCCAGGAAGAGGUUAAUAAGAGACAACUUCCUCAAAGAUUCAAAAUCGAAUCCAGCGCCAUCGCUUACAUGCAUUUUCUGAAUUUGAACGCUACGCUCCUGCAAAAUCUUCAGUUUCAGGAACUUAACCAGACAGCCGUCACAAAGAUCAUCAAGAAAUUCGACAAGCGCACUUCGCUCGGGGUCAAGCAAGUUUUCCCAAAGCUCAUGUAUACGGCACAUUUCAUUUCAGAGUCUGUCUCCAAAGAUAUCUGCGCUCAACUGAGCCGGGAGGUUAUUAAUUUGGUUCCACAAGUCGUGGAUUACUCAUGCACAAUUUGCAUGUCUAUUUGCUGGAUUCCCGUCCGUCUGGACUGUGAUCAUGUAUUCUGCAUCCGCUGCAUGAUUAAGAUGCAGAAUCAGAACAAACGCUUUUGCCCUCUAUGUCGUGCUGAUGUGAUUCAGCGUGCGAACGAGAAUCACAUCGAUGACGAGAUGGUGCGCUUCCUGGAGCGUUGGUUUCCAAAGGAAACCAAAGAAAAGCAAGCAUGGAAUGAACUGGAACGGCGCAAGGAGUUGCUGGGUGAGGCUCUCGUCCGAGAAGAUGCUCCCCCCUGCAUCGUCAUGUGA